AUGCAAGUCAAAAAUAAAGUCAAGUUAAAGGACAAAAAUGUUGCUGUUAGUCUAGUGCCUGAAGAUUCUGAGGAUUUAUGGUAUUUAUACAAUCUCAUCAAAAAGGGCGACACAGUACAGUUGCUUACCCAUCGAAAUGUGAAAAAGGGCAACCAGAAUCAAAUCACAAAGGGGAAACUGAAGAUGGAAAAGAUACUAGUCAAGCUAAGGUUACUAGUAGAAGACGUCGAUUACAUUGCUAGUGAUUCAGUAAUGAGAGUCAAUGGGAAAUCUUUAUUACAACAAGAGUACGUUCCUUUGAAUAGUUAUCACACCGCCGAGAUUGAGUUGAAUAAAGAAGUGAGCAUUGUGAAAUCAAGUUGGGAUGAAUAUGAUAUGACGUUAUUGGACGAUCUAUGCUCGGUUGAAAAGAAAGCCGAUAUUGGAGCUGUAGUCUUUCAAGAAGGUGUUGCCCAUUUAUGCUAUGUGACUGACCAAAUGACGGUUUUGCAGUCAAAAAUUGAAAAAUCUAUUCCAAGAAAGAAUAAGGACUAUGGAACUCGCGACCUAGAUAAAGCAAUGAAUUCAUUCUACAAUAUGAUCAUCCAAGGAAUAAUACGCCAUUUUGAUUUCAACAGACUAAAGGUUAUUAUACUAGCAUCGCCCGGGUUUUUAGCAAAGACAUUAUAUGAACGAUUGAUACAGGAAUGUAUAACGAUGCAAAAUGCAUCUACAAAGGAGUCUAAAAUUUUUCAACUGAUUUUGGACAAUAAGAACAAAAUAUUGGUGACUCAUUCUUCAACGGGGUACUUGCAAGGCUUGGAAGAGGUUUUGGCUGAUUCCCAACUGCAAAAGAAACUAUCAGAUACCAAGUUUCUUGAAGAGUCACAAGCAUUGCUGCGUUUCCAAAGAGCAUUAAACGAUGACGAUGGAAGAGCAUGGUACGGGUUGGAAGAAAUUACAAAAGCAUUGAAUUUAGAUGCCAUUCGAUAUUUGAUGGUCUCGGAUGCAUUAUUUCGCAAUGAUGAUAUAGAAACUAGAAGACAGUACAUUGACUUGACAGAGCAAGCCAAACAGAUGGGAGCCAAAGUGUAUAUUUUCUCCAGCUUGCAUGAGCUGGGGAUCCAAUUAAAUCAAUUGACUGGAGUGGCUGCAUUGUUAAAGUAUCCUAUUCCCGACUUGGACGAUUCCGACGAGGAGGGGGAGGAAUGA